AUUAUCAGCUGACACGCGAGGUCCACGUGCGCGGGGGUCAGGUGCGCCUAGUAACAACCGUUUCAAGGAUCAUUCAGGCAUAAUAUUUCAGCAAUUGUGACCACUUAUGAUGAUCCAGUUCAUGAAAUUUAGUCGUGCCUUCAUGGGCUUACAAACUCUCCGACCUUAUCUAGUAGGAAGGUACAAUCUUCGCAACAAGUCAACCCUCCUAGCUGUGAGCCGUGAGGUGGAAUUGGCAUUGUCAGCUCAAGAACCUGUUGUGGCAUUAGAGUCUACCAUCAUCACCCAUGGCAUGCCUUAUCCUCAGAAUUUGGAAACAGCUGUAGAGGUUGAACAAAUUAUUAGGAAAGAGGGUGCAGUUCCAGCAACUAUAGCUAUUUUACAUGGACAAGUUCAUGUGGGUUUGUCUGCAGCUGAGUUGGAGAUCCUUGCUGAGAAGAAGGAGCCUUGUGUUAAGACAUCAAGAAGAGAUUUCCCCUUUGUGUUGGCAAAGGGUCUAAAUGGAGGCACAACAGUAUCAGGAACGAUGCUUGUUGCACACCAUGCAGGAAUUCCAGUCUUUGUGACUGGUGGCAUAGGGGGUGUUCACAGAGGAGCAGAGAACACACUGGACAUUUCAGCAGACUUAACAGAACUUGGUCGCACUCCUGUUGCAGUUGUUUCAGCUGGAGUGAAGAGCAUUUUAGAUGUAGAAAAGACUUUGGAGUAUCUAGAGACACAGGGUGUCUGUGUGUCAGUGUUAGGAAGUGAUAACCGAUUCCCUGAUUUCUUCACUCGAGACAGUGGAUACAAAGCCCCAUGUCAUGUUGAAACCCCUCUCAUGGCAGCUCACAUGAUGAAUAAGUGGCAGGAGAUGAAGAUAAACUCAGGAAUGCUGAUUGCUGUGCCCAUACCAGAGGAACACCAGGCUGAGGGGAAGCUCAUUAAAGAAGCAAUUGAUGAAGCAGUGAAGGAGGCAGAGUUAGCAGUAUCUGGGAGGGAAGUAACUCCAUUUAUUCUUCAGAGAGUCUUUGAGAUCACAGGAGGACAGAGCCUCAAGUCAAAUAUUGCUCUCAUUCAAAAUAAUGCAAAGGCAGGUGCACAGAUUGCUGUAGAACUUGCCAAGCUUAAAUCAUCAACUUCAAGGUUUUUACCACCAAGGAACUCUUUCACAAACAAAUCUGGAACUUCGGAGCAAGGAAGACCUGUAUGUUCCAAGGAUGAUGGUUAAAGUUUGAUUAUGUUCUGGUUUUGAGGAUUUAGGGAUUAUGAAUGUUAAGCCUAUCCUUAUGGAAAUAACAGUUUUACUUUUCUCUUUCUCCAAGUACAAGUGUAUAGAUGACUUUUACUUGUUUCUCAUUAUCUGAGUGGAAAUGUUUACUGUAAUGCAUAGAGUCAUAUAUCAAGUAUGACCCUGAAAUUAAUUUACUGAAUAUUUGAGCAUCAAAAGAUGAUUAUAUAUAUUGUUAUUUGUAUUUUUAUGUGGUAUAGAUUAAUGUUUUCUUUAUGUGACACAAGUCUGGGUAUUUCUGUGAUAUUAUGUGUAGUUAGUGUGGGCCUUUGAUAUACUAAGGAGUAUAUUUCCUACUUUAUUAACAAGGUGUACAGUAAACUCUUGUAAAGCAAGGCAUGAUAUUUAGAGUCUGAAAUUUAAAUAAAAGAGGUUUGGGUGAUUAAUGCACAGUCUGAUUGAACUAAAGUCAAGAUAGAGAAUGUAUUACACUUUAUAUCAUGGUGAUGUUUCCUUAUUGAUGCAAAGAGUACCUGUUAUAUCCAUAAAUAAUCAGAGAGAACAACAAAAAACAUUCUUUUCAAGAUAGUAUGUCAAGUUUUAGAAUCAUCAUCAUUGAUAACCUUGAAUUUUUGUUUGUAAUUGUAAUUGAGUUUGCUACCUAAAUUUACCAAAUAAGUUGCUAUAUUAAUCACUUCUUAAUUCAAAAUGUAAACAUGUAUUUAUACAGGGGUUUCCCUAUUUAGUGCAGGCUAUUUGUUAUGUUUUUCUUAUUGCAGCAAUGGAUGAUGAGAUAUUUAUUUCAGUAAUGUAAUACAGAUUUGUACUACUAAAGCUUAGUAUUUGUGCAUUGAAUAUAAGGGAUUUUUCAUUUAAACAGAACAGUUAACCUUGCUUUUUUUGAGUUUCUUUAGUAACAUCUGUGAUAAUAAAUUCUGUACGGUGCAUAAAGCUCUCAGGGUAUUUAUAACUUCAGUGUGAAUGUUGGUAUAUAAUAAAAACUGUGAUGAUAUAUAAACUCUUAUGAGUA